AUAAAGGAAAAACUGAAAGCUUUGGGCUAAGAUUGGCCUUCUGCUGAGAACAAAGCUGAAGGCAGUCUAAUGUCUACUGCAAAUACUGCUCUACAAAGACAUAGCUAUGACCAAGAUACAGAAAUGAAGUCUUUGCCAAGUUAAAGGAUGGAGCAAGAGUGGGUGAACGAGGAGAUGGGGGACGAAGGCCUCAUUGAGUUCUACAGCUCCUUCAAGGACAUGUUUGAGUUCUUCUGCAAGAACACUACCAUCCACGGGACUGUCCGCCUAGUGUGCUCAAGCCGCAACCGGAUGAAGACAGCAUUCUGGACCCUGCUCUUCCUUGCCAGCUUUGGGAUGCUCUAUUGGCAGUUCGCUCUUCUCUUCAGCCAAUACUGGACCUAUCCCGUCAUCAUGACCAUGUCUGUGCACUCAGAGCCCAAGAUGUUUCCAGCCAUUACUCUCUGCAAUCUGGACCCGUACAGGUUUGAUUUAGUCAGUGAGAAACUGGCCCAGUUGGACCAAAUGGCAGAGGAAGCAAUAGCUAAUUUGUAUGGCUACAAAACCUCAAGCUUUUCCUCCCAUUAUAAAAAGGGUAUCCGCAUGAAGGACUUGCAAAAGGGAGGGUCUGUCAAUCUGAACAGCUCCAGCUUCCAACUGAACCCCCACAUUUCACUGGUGAUGCUGAAGGAACCUGAUACUGGGUCCAGGAAGAAACAUUUCAAAGUGGGCUUUAAAUUGUGCAAUGCUACAGGUGGGAAUUGUUUCUACAAGGCCUACUCAUCUGGGGUAGACACCAUUCAAGAGUGGUACAGGUUUCACUAUAUGAAUAUCAUGUCCCAGCUACCCAUUAUAAUCAACAUUUCUUCUCAUGAAGAGCAUAUACAAAACUUGGUCUACUCUUGCCAGUAUGACGGGGAGCCCUGCAGAAAAGAGUACCAUCCAUGCAAGGCUCUCAAAGUGCUUUCCAAAGGUGGGGAGGGACUAUUGUCCCUGCUUUACAGAGGGGGAAUCGACUACAUUCACUUUCACCACCAGGUCUACGGAAGCUGCUACACUUUCAACAGCGAGGGGACAGACGUCUUCUGGAAAGCAACAAAACCUGGAAUUUCCUAUGGACUGUCCCUGAUCCUGAAAGUGGAGCAGAACGAUCGCCUCCCGCUGUUGUCUACAGUGGCAGGCGUGCAAGUGAUGAUCCACAACCACAAUCAGACGCCGUUCCUCGAGCAUGAGUGGUUCGACAUCAGACCGGGGAUCGCAACUAGCAUUGGAAUCAGACAGGACGAGGUGCAUCGCUUGGGUGGGAAUUAUGGAAAAUGCACAGUUGACGGAGAAGAUGUGGAUGUAAAACUCCUGUACAACAGUUCCUACACACUGCAGGCUUGUUUGCAUUCCUGCUUCCAGCACAAAAUGGUUGAAAGAUGUGGCUGUGGAUACUAUUACUACCCACUGCCUCCUGGCGCCGAAUACUGUAACUACAACAAGCAUCCUGCAUGGGGUCACUGCUUCUAUCAGCUGUACAACAGGCUGGCCGAUCACAUUCUCAGCUGCUUCGCCAAUGUCCCAACCCUGCUGGGAGUCGUGGUACCAAGAUGUCUGCAGGGACCGCAAAAUGGCCAUCAACAAAUGAACCUGAAGCAUAAAAAUGACAACGGUGGUUACCUGUGUGCCUGUUCCAAACAGCAACAUGCCAGUAAUAUAGAAAUACUGGUUGCAGGACUGGAUCCACCAGAUUCUGAGUCGGCAGAAGGAUAUAAUUCUAACAACAGGAGAGACAUCGCCAAGGUGAAUAUCUUCUACCAGCAAUUGAGCUACCAGUCUGUGGAUGAAUCUCCAGUGUACACAGUGAAUCUUCUCUUGUCCAACAUGGGAAGUCAGUGGAGUCUGUGGUUUGGUCCUCGGUGUUGUCCGUGGUGAAAUGUUUGAGUUGCUCUUGGAUAUAACGGUUCUUGUCUCUCAUAGUCUGCUAUCGACGGUUCAAGGCAAAGAAGACGCUGGAGAUGGCCCAACCCCUUGCCAUCUCCAGCGUAAGUUUGACCCUAGAGAAUUAUAGAGCGCUGCAUGAGGACCUUGCAGCAGAUUGGAAUUCCACCCAGGCUAACCACAAUGAUGGGGCCAUAGCCAAACCAAGAACGGUGACCUAUCUUUCACUCGAUUUGUACAAGACCCUGACACCAGAACUGAACCCAGAUGUUGUGCUUAAUGGAUUCGGUAUAUCAAGGAUCCCAGUGUAGGAUGGACCUAAAGAGCUAAUCCUGUGUGUGCAGAACAGAGAGACAUAUGUAAAGAUUGUGGGAUGUAUUCCACAGACAUGGCUUUAGGAGCUCACAGACACCGCAUGCAGUCGGCAUUUCUGUCUGCUACUUCUCCAGUGGCAUCUAGGUAUCUGACCCUGUACACUGGUCUCAGGAAUUGUGCAAUGCCCUGAUGGAAUUCAGAAGUGGUUUUUCUCUGGACUAUAUUAUAGUGUCCCUGGCAGUUACCCAGUCCUCAUAAAAGCCUAUCAUAACUUCUAGAUUGAACUCUCCUGAGGAAACCAGAUCUGACUGGACAUCUCCUGGCUUCAGACAGGCCCAUCAGCAUUUCAUAACUGUACUCAAGGUUAAAAGUUAACCUACCCAUAAAUAAAAUGUCUCCAAGUCAGCAUUUUGCAAGCAUAUGUUGUAUCAGUUACACCAGUCUGGGAGAGCAAAGGAUGGGAUUACACGAGGCUGCUGUAAUCCUAACCUCACUUCCAAGGCAGCGCUUCUCUUCUUAGUAUAACUGCUGUUUCACCGUGAGCAUGAUACACGGGAAUCCCUGGUAGGGCCACAAUUGUGCUGAACCUUGAUUCUUUCAUGUGGAGUUCAAUUUUAUGGGAGGUGUUGGGACAAAUGAGGGAAUAACAUUUUUUCUCAUAACUGGUGUCUGAGUUGCUUAGAACUUUAAAACAUACUGCAUUUUUGCUGCAGGCAUGUUUAUAGAAUCAAGAGAUCAUACAAUCUUAAUGUAAUAUUUGACAGUAAUUUAGUGUCUAUACAAAGGAUAUAGAGACUUAUUUUUAACAUUGAUGUUGGAGACUAUAUUUCAUUGAGCUCAGUUGUUAGUCUUGAUUCUACUGAAAAAAAGAAUUAACAAGGAAAUAAAUGAGUCUUGCACUGAUGUGUUUUGUAACUUUUUAAUAAAUGAAAUGCUCUGGAUUCAGACUGUGA